GGACAGGACUUGUAUCAGCAACCCGACUGCUUUGCAGCUGACUGAAUUUUUGGCCCAAGAAAUCAGUGGUGGCGGCUCAAAACAGAGACACCGGUCAACAUGAGCACAGCAGGCAAAGUUAUUAAAUGCAAAGCAGCAGUAAUGUGGGAAGCCAAUAAACCAUUUUCUAUUGAGGAAGUGGAAGUUGCCCCACCAAAAGCACAUGAAGUUCGCAUAAAGAUUGUGGCCACAGGGAUCUGUCGCUCUGAUGACCAUGUGAUAACUGGUGGACUGGUCAUGCCUUUUCCAAUAAUUCUUGGGCAUGAAGCAGCUGGUGUUGUGGAGAGUGUUGGGCAGGGAGUAACUUCCGUCAAACCAGGAGACAAGGUUAUUCCACUCUUUGUUCCACAAUGUGGGGAGUGCAACAGCUGCUUAAGCACCAAGGGUAAUCUGUGCAGUAAAAACGACCUUGGUUCAGGUGCUGGAUUAAUGCCUGAUGGCACCACCAGAUUCACCUGUAAAGGAAAAGCAAUUCACCAUUUUAUUGGUACAAGUACCUUCACUGAAUACACAGUAGUGCAUGAAUCUGCUGUAGCCAAAAUUGAUUCUGCUGCUCCUCUGGAAAAAGUUUGUCUAAUUGGCUGUGGAUUUUCAACUGGUUAUGGGGCUGCUGUGCAGACUGCCAAGGUGGAACCAGGUUCCACCUGUGCCAUCUUCGGCCUCGGAGGAGUUGGCCUCUCUGUUGUCAUGGGCUGCAAGGCGGCGGGAGCUUCCCGCAUCAUUGCUGUUGAUAUCAACAGCGACAAGUUUGCCAAGGCCAAGGAGCUGGGAGCCACAGACUGCGUCAACCCUAAAGAUUUCAAGAAGCCUAUUCACGAAGUGUUGAUCGAAAUGACUGGCCAUGGUGUGGACUACUCCUUUGAGGUCAUCGGCCGUACCGAAACCAUGACUGCAGCCUUGGCCUGUUGCCAAUACAACUAUGGAGUCAGUGUGAUUGUGGGAGUACCCCCUGCAGCACAAAAGAUCACUUUUGACCCCAUGCUCCUCUUCACUGGUCGCACCUGGAAAGGGUCCGUCUUUGGAGGCUGGAAGAGUAAAGAUUCAGUCCCUAAACUGGUUGCUGACUACAUGAAGAAAAAAUUUGUUCUGGAUCCAUUAAUAACCCACACACUUCCUUUCACUAAAAUCAAUGAAGGAUUUGAUCUGCUAAGGACAGGGAAGAGCAUUCGCAGCGUCCUGGUCUUUUAGGAUUCCCAAUUGU